AAGAAUAUCACUAAUUAACCAAUUGACACAUUGGGUUAUGAUGGCAUCUGAUAAAAUCAGAGACUCUAAGCGAGACUAUAGCCGAGGAGGCUGUCGAGAGUGUAAAAGACGGAAAAUUAAGUGUGACGAAUCGAAACCGUUUUGUUUACAAUGUAGUAGACUUCAGAAGACAUGUUCGUAUCCCAAAGCAGGAGAGAAAGUACUACGAGUUUCCAAGAGAUAUUUGGAGAUUCAUUCGGGUGAACCUCCCGCACCUUCGCCUCCGAAACCAUUAACAAUUCAAGUUUAUCAGGGUCCUGAUUUUCAGAAGCGGAAGGGGAAAGUACGAUCCUUCAGACCAUUAAAGGAUAUAGAAGCAGAUGCUUCUGCUAAUGCUAAGGUUAAUAAGAGGUCUGGUGCAGGUUCGGGUGCUGCAUCACCUCCUUUAUCGACUGUGCCAACUUCAACUACUGUUACUUCUACUACAGUUUCAGUCCCUACACCACCAGCAACUACACCAUCUGCUCAUCCAGCUACGGCUAUUCUGAGUAUAAUAAAUCAAACAACUUCGAUAGAGUCUUCAUUAACUAAUUCUAAUUCUUCUUCAGAUUUAAUCCUGACUCCCUUCCAAGGUACUGACUCCAUGGAUACAGCAAAUAGUCAACCUCAAUCAUUUAUAAGUCCGACUUCUUCGUUUAUAAUGUAUAAUGAUGAAGAUUUAAACUUAUUGGCAUCCGAUUUAAAUGAAAUUGUUAAUGAUAUGAUGUUUGCAUCUAAUUUUGAUGAUGCAAACAAUAAUAAUUCCGUUACUACUGAUUUCCAACAUAUCUUUAAUAAAAAAUCAAAUGGUAUUUCCUUAUCUCCAUUAUCUACUACUGAUGGAGGAAUUCCUAGACAUGUACCAAUAGAAAGUAUUAAAGUAAAGACAUUAGAUGAAAGAACUUAUUUGGCUGGAUUCUAUAAUGAAUUUGCUCAACAAAUUCUUCCAUUUGGAGCUUUUGAUAAUGAACGAGGGAUAUAUUCGAAUCCAUUACGUGAUGUUAUCUUAAGUUUUGCAUCUAAAGAACCAUAUAUUUUAGCAGCUGUAUUAGCUCAAGGUGCUAUAACUGUUUAUAGAAGAACCAAACUUCAAAAAGAUCAAUUGGCUAAUGGAUCAUAUUUAUCUACUUGUUUAAAAUUCUUAGGUCCAGCUUUAAGUAGAAAUAGAGAUAAAAUGGUUAAAGAUGAUUUAGUAUCAAAUAUUGAAAGAAUUUUAGUAACUGUCUUAUUAUUAACAUCAUCCAAUGCUGCUACAACCAAACAAAGUUGGAGACCUCAUUUAAAAGGUGCUAAAGAUAUAGUCUUAAAGGCUACAAAUAGUAAAAUUCGAUCUUCUAAAACAUUAAUUUUAUGUAAAUUAUGGUUUGCAGAUUUUGAAAUUUUAGCGGGGACAAGUUCUCAUUUGGGAGGUACUUUAAAAUCAGAUGAAGAACUUGAUUUAGUAAUAAAUUUUAAUGAUCCUUAUGAAUUAUCCGUUCUACGAGAAUUUGGAAUAUUUCAAGAUAAUGGAUUUAAUAUAAUGUUUGGGUAUAGAAAUGAAAUCGCCUAUUUAUUCCGAGAUUUACUUAAAAUAUUUAAUAGAAGAAGAGUUCUUGGAACUGAAUUUGUGGCUGAUGAUUCAAUUGAAUAUUUAAGAUUAUUAUCGGGAUUUAGUUCCGAAUAUAAUAUUCGAUUUGUUCAACUGGCCGAUGAAAUUAUUUUAAGAAAUGAUGGGGUUAUACCAGAUUUAAUUGAUAUAAUCAAUGUUAAUGGGAAAGAGAUCGCUAUAAGUUGGAUGGAUAUAUGUCAACAAGCCUAUAGUUUAGCAGGGUUAAUAACAGUAUUAACAACAAUCCUUCAUAAUCCAUUUGAUGCGCCUCACGUUCAAGAUUUAAAUAAUAAAUUAAUUGCCCUUAUUGGAUUUACAGAAGAAUGUGAAAAUGUAUCUGAACAAGUAUUAAAAUAUUCUUUACUGAUGAUUCAAUGGCCUAUAUCUGUGGCCGCUAUGAAUUGUGUUAAUAAAGAUCAAAGACGUUUAGUACAUAAUUUCUUUACUACAUCAGCGGAAUUAGGUUCCGGUAGUGCAGAAGUAGCUCUAAAAAAAAUUAAGCACGCUUGGAAUGUGCACGAUGGUGGUCAAGAUUAUCAUGAGAGUGGGGAAGAAUAUGAAGAUGUAGUGGCCUAUUAGUUAGGAUAAUUGUAAUUGUAAUUGUAAUUGUACUAGUAUAGUUAAUAAUAAUGAUAAUGAC